GCAUGUAUUGAUACAUCGGAACGGGGAGAACUGGAAUCUGGAAUUCAUCUAGGGGAAUAUAGAAUUACUCACCAGUGGGCAUCGCUUACAUCAGCUGACCAGUACAAUAUCUCUGUAAAUGUGCACAAUGAUGGAAAUAUUCUUGAAAUUGUUGGAAUGUGUUCAAGUCAUGGUACACAUGUGGUUUCCAUCGCAUCGGCUAAUUUCCCUGACGCCCCAGAGAGGAAUGGUGUUGCCCCUGGUGCUCAGAUAGUCUCUAUAACUAUAGUCGAUUAGGAGAGUUGGCUCACGAAGUAGUCAACAAAUAUGGUGUUAUCUGGGUAUCAUCAGCGGGCAAUCAUGGUCCAGCGCUUGCAACAGUGGGAGUUCCUCCAGACUUCCAGAGUGAUUCAAUCAUUGGUGUUGGUGCUUAUGUGUCGCCUGACAUGAUGACUGCUGAAUACUCCAUGAUUGAGAAGUUGCCUGGAUGUCCUUAUACCUGGUCAUCAAGAGGACCUACAGCAGAUGGUGCAAGGGGUGUGACCAUCUGUGCUCCAGGUGGUGCCAUCACAUCUGUCCCAACAUUCACAUUACGUAGCAACCAGCUUAUGAAUGGCACAAGCAUGGCAUCUCCUCACACUGCUGGUUGCGUCGCUCUGAUUGUCUCAGCAGUAAAGUUGAAGUCCAUUCCAUAUUCCCCGUAUUCUGUCCGAAGAGCAAUACAGAACACUGCCAUGGCUUUAGAUGUGGAUGUGUUUGCACAAGAACAUGGACUGAUCCAGGUUAGUCAGACAAGACAAAUUCAGCCCAGAGGUUUAAAUAUUGAUCCUUGCAAAAAUUGUUCCCAUGUUUACUACAAACUGAGUUUUAAUUCCCCUAAAUUUCUUGUUGGCUUUAAAAAUUUGGCAGAAGAUUAUUGUCUCUUACUAUCUUUAAAACAAUUGAAAGCCCCUGGACCCGUUUAUGUUUUGGCCCCCCAAAAGGGGUCUUUGAUCCCCCCCGGUCGUCGCCCCACCAGGGGGUCGGGGUCACCUUCAGUGCUCCCUUUUUCAUGGGGAAUGGAUCAGUGGGACUUCCCUGAACUAGGAUGA